CUGCACUACGGGACCCUCCUGGGCAGCAGAGCUUGUGUCCACAUGGCAGCAGCUGCCUGGGGCAGCGGGUUUCUCCAUACUGUGCUGCACACUGCCAAUACUUUUUCACUACCUCUCUGCCAAGGCAAUGUCCUGGACCAGUUCUUCUGUGAAAUCCCCCCGAUCCUCAAGCUCGCCUGCUCACACUCCUACAUCAGGGAAGUUGGGCUUCUUGUGGUCAUUGCCUGUUUAUUCUUUGGGUGUUUUGUUUUCAUUGUGGUGUCUUAUGUGCAGAUCUUCAGGGCCGUGCUGAGGAUCCCCUCGAAGCAGGGACAGCACAAAGCGAUUUCCACGUGCCUCCCUCACCUGGCCGUGGUCUCCCUCUUUGGCAGCACCUCUUUUUCUGCCUACCUGAAGCCCCCUUCCAUCUCCUCCCCAUCCCUGGAUCUGGUGGUGGCUGUUCUGUACUCGGUGGUGCCUCCAAUAGUGAACCCCUUCAUCUACAGCAUGAGGAACAAAGAGAUCAAAGAUUCCCUGAGGAAAGUAUUUCAACACAUUACUAUUUCAGCAUCAUUAAGUGGGCUGAUGGCAGAUGCCAUCCUGGAGAGGAAUCGGGAGCUGCCAGGAGAAGUCAGGGGAUCUCCAGGGACAGUGCCCUACCUCUGUUCGCUGGAUGACCUCACUAACAAUGUACUUGAAGAAGAAACUGGACUUUAG